AUGUUUCGGUCAGAGGCAGGCGCCAGGCCGCGGGCAUGCGAAGCCAGCGCCUCGGAACGCAGGAAAUGGGUGGAAGUAUUUAAAGCAUGUGAUGAAGACAACAAAGGCUACUUGAGCCGAGAGGACUUUAAGAUUGCGAUUGUAAUGCUGUUUGGAUACAAACCCUCCAAGAUAGAAGCGGACUCUCUGAUGUCUUCAGUAAAUCCCAACACUUCUGGCCUAUCACUUGAGGGGUUUCUGCAUGUCGUAAAGAGAAAGAAAGAAGCACAGCUCUAUCGGAAUGAGAUAAGGCACAUCUUCACAGCUUUCGACGUGCACUAUCGUGGAUUCUUAACUCUAGAAGAUUUCAAAAGGGCAUUUAGUCGAGUGGCUCCCAAGCUACCGGCGAGGACAGUGCUGGAGGUGUUCAGGGAAGCAGAUCAAGACUCAGACGGUCAUGUCAGCUUCCGAGACUUUGAGUAUGCCAUGAACUAUGGACAGGCAAAAUGAAGCCGGACGCUUGUGGACUACCGUGGGCAAUUCUGG